ACGAUGGCAAGAACCAAGCAGACCGCUCGUAAGUCCACAGGAGGCAAAGCUCCCAGGAAGCAGCUGGCCACCAAGGCUGCCCGUAAGAGCGCCCCGGCCACCGGCGGCGUCAAGAAGCCCCAUCGUUACAGGCCCGGUACCGUGGCUCUCAGAGAGAUCCGUCGUUACCAGAAAUCCACCGAGCUGCUCAUCCGCAAGCUGCCCUUCCAGCGUCUGGUCCGUGAGAUCGCUCAGGACUUCAAGACCGACCUGCGCUUCCAGAGCUCCGCUGUCAUGGCUCUGCAGGAGGCCAGCGAGGCUUACCUGGUCGGUCUCUUCGAGGACACCAACCUCUGCGCCAUCCACGCCAAGAGGGUCACCAUCAUGCCCAAAGACAUCCAGCUGGCCAGAAGGAUCCGCGGAGAGAGAGCUUAAUCUGUCUACUGCCCCAAAACAACCACAACGGCUCUUUUAAGAGCCACCACUUUUUACUCAAGACAUAUUCCUGUACUGUCUAAUUUAGUCAAUAUUGUCUCAUUAUUAGUCGCAUUUUAUGGACUAAAUAAUAUCCUACUAAAAUGAUACGCAGUGCUUCAACCAGAUUCCUAUGAUGCACAU